AUGUCCAACACCGCCCCUCCGGCCGACGAUGAGGCCGUCUACAAGCCAUACGACCAAUUCCUGCUCUUCGGCGACUCGAUCACGGAAUACUCCAGUGGCCAGGACAUGGGCUUCGGGUUCCACCCAGCUUUGCAGAAUGCCUACAGCCGCCGUUUGGAUGUCGUGAACCGUGGAUUGGCCGGAUACAACUCCCUCCAUGCCAUCAAAGUCUUCCCCAGGUGCUUCCCUCCUACGGAGCAAGCUAAUGUCCGGCUCAUGCACCAGACUAUCUGGUUCGGCGCCAAUGACGCCAGUCUCCCAAGCUUCGAGCAGCACGUCCCCAUCGAAACUUACAAGGCCAACCUGAAGCGUAUUAUUCAACACCCCUUGACGGUUGCUCAGAAACCCCGUAUCAUGAUCAUCACCCCACCCCCCAUCAACGAGUACCAAUUGGCUGGGUUCGAUGCCAUGAAGGGAAACCCGCAUCCGACUCGCACUGCUGCUCACACCAAGCAAUAUGUGGAGGCUGCACGGGAAGUUGCUGCUGAGUUUGGGCUGCCUGUUGCGGAUGUCUGGAGUGCGUUUAUGUCGAGUGUAGGGUGGAAGGAGGGCCAGCCGCUUGUUGGAUCGAGGGAUCUGCCUUAUGAUGAUAAGUUCGCGACCUUGUUCACAGAUGGACUGCAUUUGGCGGCAAAUGGGUAUCGCAUUGUCUUCGAAGAGGUCAUCAAGACGAUUAGGGAGAACUGGCCUGAUCAGCUGCCGGAGAAUCUCCCUUAUGUGUUUCCGGCGUGGUCGUUGGCCCCGAAAUAG